AUGUCUCCCAUCCAUGUUGGCUUCAAGCUUCCCUGGAACGCCAUCUGCCUUGGUUCUAAGACCUCCCAGAUGCUGCCUCGAGCUGGAAUAGCCCUUUUCUUGCUGACUGUGCCUGUCUUGUGUGAUGACACAGUGGCCGACGACAUUGGCAGCCACAUGAUGGGCCGCAUCUCAGAGCUCCUGUCCUCAGAGGAAUGCCAAGCGUUCUACGUAAAACUCCUCAGUCCAGAGGAGAACGUGAGAGAAGAGCUAGAGCGGCUCUCUGCGGAGAAGAACCCCAUUCGAACCCGCAGGCGGAGAGACAUCACCAGCACAGAGCAGUGCAAAGAGACCCUGAACCGCUGGCUGGACGCAGAGGGAGACACCAUGUACUGGGAUCGCUUGUCACGGGCUCUCCAAGCCAUUGGGCGCUCUGACGUCUCCAUAGAACUAGGCAAGAACCUCAACCAGGACAAGAACUUAGAGAUGAAGAAGAACGUGGAAGAAUAUCACAAGACCGUCAAGCAUCUGACCUCCUCGCUGCUCCUGGACGAGAAUGAAGGGAGUGAGGACAGAAGUGGGCAAGGCCGACUGCGGAGGGAGGGAGAGAGAUCCGGGGCCAAGUUUGAGCUGGGAGAAUGGGAUGAUUUUGAACUUAUCAUCGAGAGGAAGCCCCUGCCCCCAUAUAACAGGAGCCUUUUUGGAUGGGUCACUCCGGUGACAACCGGGGUCAUUGGUGGGUUCCUCACUUCCUUCAUCCUUGUAGCUCUAGCUCUCUAUUCUUUUCUCUGGAUUCUGAAUCAAGGAAGACCUGUCCCCAUGGAGCCCAGCUGGGACUCUGUGCCAGAUCUGAUUUUCCGUUCUUUGCCCAGACGCGGUGCCAUCUAUUAUACAUUUCAGCAGUUUGAUGAACUAGAGAAAUGUGACAGUGAGCCAGUAGAUGAUGAUGAUGAAAGCUUGGAGAAAGAGCUCAUUAUUGAGCCCUAA